AGGGAAAUGGGUGGAGGCCUCUGUACCAGGAGCCGUUGUGACUUAUUUCCUGUGUUCUGCUCCUCCGUCGUGUGGAGAGAGUGAGGGUUCUGGCCUGUCGGCGGCCGCUAAAAAAAUGGGUGGAGGGUCGGCGAUCAGUCUCGAGGAGAUCAAGAACGAGACUGUUGAUCUGGAAAGGAUUCCGAUCGAGGAGGUCUUUGAGCAGCUGAAAUGCACACAAGAAGGUCUCACAUCGGAGGAGGGAGCCAACCGGCUCCAGAUCUUCGGGCCCAACAAGCUAGAAGAGAAAAAAGAGAGCAAGAUUCUCAAGUUUCUGGGUUUCAUGUGGAACCCCUUGUCCUGGGUGAUGGAAAUGGCUGCCAUCAUGGCCAUUGCCUUGGCCAACGGCGGCGGUAAGCCCCCGGACUGGCAGGACUUUGUCGGUAUCAUCGCUCUGCUUGUCAUCAACUCCACCAUCAGUUUCAUCGAAGAAAAUAACGCCGGUAACGCCGCAGCAGCCUUGAUGGCCGGGCUUGCUCCCAAGACCAAGGUGCUGAGAGAUGGCCGCUGGAGCGAGCAGGAUGCAGCAAUCCUUGUGCCUGGAGACAUAAUUAGCAUUAAACUCGGAGAUAUUGUGCCUGCCGAUGCACGACUUCUCGAGGGAGAUCCGUUAAAGAUUGAUCAGUCUGCCUUGACGGGAGAAUCCCUCCCUGUCACCAAGAGCCCAGGAGAUGAGGUGUUUUCUGGCUCAACCUGCAAGCAGGGUGAGAUCGAGGCUGUAGUGAUAGCCACUGGCGUCCAUACCUUCUUCGGAAAGGCGGCCCAUCUCGUGGACAGCACGAACCAGGUUGGGCAUUUCCAGAAGGUUCUUACGGCCAUCGGUAACUUCUGCAUCUGCUCCAUUGCCGUGGGGAUCAUCGUUGAGAUAAUCGUCAUGUACCCGAUCCAGCAUCGGAAGUACAGAGAUGGAAUUGACAACCUGCUGGUCCUUUUGAUCGGAGGUAUACCAAUUGCAAUGCCUACCGUCCUGUCGGUGACCAUGGCUAUUGGAUCCCACCGGCUCUCCGAGCAAGGAGCAAUCACCAAGAGAAUGACUGCAAUAGAGGAGAUGGCCGGCAUGGAUGUUCUCUGCAGUGAUAAAACUGGGACUCUCACUCUUAACAAGCUGAGCGUUGACAAAAACCUUAUCGAGGUUUUCGUGAAAGGUGUGGAUAAGGAUCAUGUUAUCUUAUUGGCAGCAAGGGCAUCGAGGACAGAAAAUCAGGAUGCUAUUGAUGCUGCCAUGGUUGGGAUGCUUGCAGACCCAAAGGAGGCAAGAGCUGGUAUUAGGGAAGUACACUUUCUCCCCUUCAACCCUGUGGACAAGAGAACUGCUCUGACAUAUAUUGAUGCUGAUGGCAAAUGGCAUCGUGUGAGUAAAGGUGCUCCUGAGCAGAUUUUGAACCUCUGCAACUGUAAGGAAGAUGUCAGAAAAAGGGUUCAUUCUGUGAUUGACAAGUUUGCCGAACGCGGGCUUCGAUCACUGGCUGUUGCAAGACAGGAAGUUCCGGAGAAGACCAAGGAGAGUCCAGGGACCCCAUGGCAGUUUGUUGGCCUAUUGCCUCUAUUUGAUCCCCCAAGGCACGACAGUGCAGAGACCAUCCGUAGGGCUCUAAAUCUUGGUGUGAACGUAAAGAUGAUUACUGGCGAUCAGCUCGCUAUCGCUAAGGAGACUGGCCGAAGGCUUGGAAUGGGCACAAACAUGUAUCCUUCCUCUUCAUUGCUUGGCCAACAUAAAGAUGAAUCAAUUGCUGGACUUCCGGUAGAUGAGUUGAUUGAGAAGGCUGAUGGAUUUGCAGGAGUAUUUCCAGAGCACAAAUAUGAAAUUGUCAAGAAGUUGCAAGAGAGGAAGCACAUAUGUGGAAUGACUGGAGAUGGAGUGAACGAUGCCCCUGCUUUAAAGAAGGCUGAUAUUGGAAUUGCUGUUGCUGAUGCCACGGAUGCUGCUAGAGGUGCUUCUGACAUUGUCCUCACUGAACCUGGGCUUAGUGUCAUCAUCAGUGCUGUUCUAACAAGCAGGGCCAUUUUCCAGCGGAUGAAGAACUACACUAUCUAUGCUGUUUCCAUUACCAUCCGUAUUGUUCUCGGCUUUAUGCUUAUUGCACUGAUAUGGAAGUUUGACUUUUCACCCUUCAUGGUUUUGAUUAUUGCCAUUCUAAAUGAUGGCACAAUUAUGACAAUCUCAAAAGAUCGAGUGAAGCCAUCUCCACUGCCUGACAGUUGGAAGCUGAAGGAGAUUUUUGCUACUGGCGUUGUUUUUGGUACCUACUUGGCAUUGAUGACUGUCAUUUUCUUUUGGGCAAUGCAUAAAACAGAUUUCUUCUCAGAUGAAUUUAAAGUCAGAUCAUUGAGGGACAAGGAAGAACAACAGAUGUCUGCUUUAUACCUGCAAGUUAGUAUUGUCAGUCAGGCUCUUAUAUUUGUCACUCGGUCACGCAGCUGGUGCUUUGUUGAACGCCCUGGACUUCUCUUAGUCACUGCCUUUGUUAUUGCUCAGCUUGUCGCUACUCUUAUAGCUGUCUAUGCUAACUGGGGUUUCGCACGAAUUCAAGGCAUAGGCUGGGGAUGGGCUGGAGUUAUCUGGCUUUACAGUAUUGUUUUCUUCUUCCCUCUUGACUUGUUCAAAUUUGCCAUCCGCUACAUUCUGAGUGGAAAAGCUUGGGAUAACUUGCUUGAGAAGAAGACUGCCUUCACUACCAAGAAGGAUUAUGGUAGAGAAGAAAGAGAGGCUCAGUGGGCUAUGGCACAGAGGACUCUGCAUGGACUUCAGCCCCCCGAAACAACGAAUCUGUUCAAUGACAAGAGUAGCUACAGAGAACUUUCAGAGAUUGCUGAGCAGGCUAAAAGGCGAGCAGAGGUUGCAAGGCUCCGUGAGCUGCACACUCUGAAGGGUCAUGUAGAAUCAGUCGUUAAGCUCAAAGGGCUUGACAUUGAUACCAUCCAGCAGCAUUACACUGUAUAAUCACCACAGAUAUUCUCGAUGACAGGCGAUGAGAGGAAGCCCUAGAACGUGGAGUGAAGAGGAAGCCUUUCCUUUUUUCUUUUCCUUUUUUUUUUUUUAUUUUAAUAACUUGGUAUAGUGUCUUUUAGAUCUGCAACAUGUCUUGAUCCUGUAGCCGGUUUCCUUUUAACUUAUCAUCCUCUUCAGAGCUGUGGCGACAGCCUGCCUGUCUACAACUUGCACGUAGAUGAAAAUAACGCAAACGUACCGCUCUUCUCAGCUUCAAAAAUUUAUUUGAACUGCUGCUAUAUAAUGAGCUCUUAAACAAAGUUGAACCUUUUUGAUCCUAUCUGAUGCACCCACUUCAGAAUUUGAUCUGCAUUUAGAUUUUGGAUCAAGGGAAACCCUCUAUAGACUGGAAGAUGCUUUGAUAUGGAACCCAGUUCCUUGUAUAGAAGGCGUAUAGACUGACACACACACACACACGGUGGAUUACAUUUCUGGCUGAUGGUGUCAUAUCAAGCUGGGUUGUCAAGUGUUGCUCCAUGUAAGCUCUUGUGGACUUGUUACUCCAUGUAAGCAGUCUAAAUAAGCCCACAUUCCGAAAAGAAAGGGGCUUUAUACA